GGUGUGGCCCCGGCCGCCGCCUGGCGCCGCUGCCGGGGCCGGGGCGGGAGGAUGCGGCGGCUCGCGCGGGUGGCGCUGCUGUGCUUGGGCUGCGGCCUCUGCUCGCUCCUCUACGGCUUCAGCCAGCUGGGCCGCUCCCUGGAGCAGGAGCCCGGCGGCGGCGGCCAACAGCGCCAGGCCCAAGAUCCCGCCGCUCCCGGCGCACGGGCGGCGGGGGGAAGCGCGGGCCGAGGCGCGAUGGGGGCCGGCAGGAUAAGAGGAUUUCCUGCAAUCUCUACCAAAGAAAUGCCCCACCUCACCCACCCACAACACUUAAUGAGGCUUUGUGAAUCAAUGUGUUAUAGCAGGUGUAAGGAUUUGUCUGUAUCUUUCUGGAAUUCCUAUUGGAUGCUGCCCUCUGAUGUUUGUGGAAUGAACUGCUUUUGGGAAGCUGCUUUUAGGUACAAUUACAUGAAGACACAUCCUUCUGAGAAAAUGCAUCUAGCCGUGGUUGCCUGUGGUGAAAGACUGGAGGAGACUGUUACCAUGUUGAGAUCAGCCAUUAUUUUCAGCAUCAAACCUCUCCAGUUUCAUAUUUUUGCUGAGGACCAAUUGCACAAGAGUUUCAAAGACAUACUUGAUGACUUCCCCUAUGAAGGAAAAGUUAAUUACACGUUAUAUCCAAUAACAUUUCCAACUGAGAGUGCAGCAGAAUGGAAGAAACUGUUUAAACCAUGUGCUUCCCAAAGGUUAUUCUUGCCAUUAAUCCUCAAAAACGUGGACUCGCUACUGUACGUUGAUACUGACAUCCUGUUUUUGAGACCUGUUGAUGAUAUUUGGUCUUUCCUGGGAAAGUUCAACUCCACCCAAAUUGCUGCAAUGGCACCAGAACAUGAAGAGCCUCGUAUUGGGUGGUAUAAUCGCUUUGCCAGACAUCCCUAUUAUGGAGUAACUGGAAUAAAUUCUGGAGUCAUGUUAAUGAAUAUGACACGUAUCAGAAGAAAGUAUUUCAAGAAUGAUAUGACAGCAGUCCGGCUACAGUGGGGAGAAAUUCUUAUGCCACUGCUAAAGAAGUACAAGUUGAACAUAACAUGGGGUGAUCAGGAUCUAUUGAACAUAAUGUUUUUUCACAAUCCAGAAAGUCUGUAUGUCUUUCCUUGCCAAUGGAAUUAUCGGCCUGAUCACUGCAUCUAUGGAAGCAAUUGUAAAGAAGCUGAAGAAGAAGGUAUAUUUAUUCUUCAUGGAAACAGAGGUGUUUACCAUGAUGAUAAACAACCAACUUUUAGGGCUGUCUAUGAAGCAAUAAAAAAUUAUUCAUUUGGAGAUGAUAUGGUUCGUUCCCUGUUGCAGCCCCUAGAACUGGAAUUACAGAAAACCAUGCAUACAUACUGUGGAAGAAUAUACAAAGUGUUCAUAAAACAGCUAGCAAAAAGCAUAAGAGACUUUUAUGCCAGAAGGUCCAGGGGAAGGUGAUUUAUCUUUUUUCUUACUUCAAGGUGUUAGAUCAAGAGACUGAGUUUACAUACUGGUCAGAAGGUGCAAAAAUUUUAAUAUGUUUGGAAUCGCCUCUUCAUGUGCCCAGUUAAAGUUUACUAGCAUACAUAAAAAUGAAGAAAAUACUCAUCUAAUGAAGAACAGGAACAUUUUUUCUGCGAAGAUGUCUUUUUGCUCUCUUGAAGUUUGAUCACUGCUAAUGUUUAUCUUGGAUGCAAUGAUUUGGGUGUUACUGGCUUCUAAAGUCAGUAGUUUUAGUCUGCAUAAUUCAGUUACCUAAUGAUCAGUUGAACGAGGAAAAAAUGAAGAUGAUUCUGUUUGGGAGUGUACCUCAUAUAUUGUCUAAAAUUCUUUUAAACUGUGAAUGUAGCAAUAACUGAGUCAGCAGCACUAACCUCACUUUAAAGGUGUGAGUCUUCAUGUAAACAAAAUUGUUUACAAGUGCAGAAAAUACUCUGUUUUCAAAGAAAUGUGGUAUCACUGACAAUCUGUAUGUGCCUUUAUGUUCAUCUCUUAGAUAUUGAAGUACUGUUUUGACAAUCUCGUUUCACUUAUCUUAGAUGUAAACUGCACACUAUAAAUAUGAUUUUCUGAGAAGUGAAUAACUAGUAUGUGAUACUAGUUUUCUUUGUAGAUAUACAGAAUUUAUUCUGCUGUAAUAGACAGCAUUUGUUUCAGAGCAGGAUUGAGGUGGUUUUUUUUAGCAAAAAUUCAGUAUGAAGUUGUCUGUCUUACAAUACCUUUUUUUAAAUUACAUGGUUUUGCAGCUUUAUAGGGCAUUUUGGAAGUAGGGGGAAAAAACCCAAACCAACAGUGGAAGGCUGUUGCUAUUGUAUUUCCUUACUAAGAAUGAUUACCUGGUAAUUAUAGAGUAUUUAGUACCUAAAAAUGAAAAGCUGUAAUAAGAGUUCUGAUGCUUCAUCGGACCAUAUAUUAGAAGGGUUUCUUGAAGACUAUAUAUCCUAUUACCAUAUUUUUUUAACAACAUGGCUUUAAAAUAGUUUUGGGGCAGACCCUCAACUACAUGAAUACAUUACUGUCAUUAGGAUGAUAGUGAAUAACAGAUAAGGAUUAGGCUUUCUUUAGUUUACGUAUUUCUGUUUAUGUAAUGUACUUCUUUGUGGAGAAAAGCAUGAAGAAGGCUGAGUUCUAGUGUUACAGUAAAAGUCUAUUUAAACUUGCAUGGUAUGAAAUGUAUUUGUAAAGUAUAUUUGAACUUGGAUAACAUGUCUUAACUGAGAUGAAGUCUUCAUAAAGUGAGAUUUUGGAUUCCAGAAAAGUUCCUGUGUGUUGAAAAUGGAGGAUUCAUUCACUGACGGGCACCUUCAUCCCAACCCCAUUUAAGAUGCUUAAUUUUUGUGACUGUUUCUUUGUCAAAGACAGGCUGGCUCUGACUCCCAGAUCCAUGUAAGAUGGACAAAUGCUUUAGCAGUAGAAAAUCACACUGCAUUAUAAGCAGGGUUUAUAUUCUGCUCCUUACCUCCCUGCUGGCUCGGGGUAUCAGCAUCUGUGAGGGAAACUAGAAAGCAGUCUGUCUGUCUGACAUGUAGUUACCAUCUCUUUUUCUUGCUAUGUAACCUUUUGAAGUCUGAAAAUCUAAAAAUGUGUAUGAAGGUGAAUACUGUUAUUGACUGAUUUUACAAUAUGCAAUACAUUAUUUUUUUACAUAAAUACUGAUUUU